AUGCCUUCCAACAAGUCGUUCCGAACCAAGGUCGUGUUGGCCAAAGCCGGCAAAGUGAACCGGUGCGUCCUUGCAUGCGUUUUCAUCUUAUGUACUGCAACGAUUCAUUCGCUGGCUGACCAGGUCCAUGUAUCCCCGUUCUCAAUCAGACCCAUCCCCCAAUGGUUCCGUCUCAAGGCUGACACCAAGCUGCAGUACAACGGUCCGUGAAUCCGCCUCCCCCGCCUGUGAUGCGACCCUGCCAGCACCCGUGACUGACAGUUGAGCUCCCCUCUUCUUGUCCCACAGCCAAGCGCCGCCACUGGCGCAGGACAAAGCUCAACCUCUAA